UGGGGUGGGGCUAUCCCGGUGUUACCCUACACUGUGUCACGAUUCCGGCGCGAGCGGUCGACGAGCGCGUUUGAAUUUCGAAUGCCGAUUUUUUUUUCAGUGUUUUAUAAAAUGCUUGUGCAUUGAGUGCUAGUGGACUUAAAAAAAAACAAAAUGUCAUCCGUGCAUUCUGACGACGACCAGGAGGAGAUUAACGUGGAUUCUGACAGCAGACUGUCGGGUCACGAUGACGCCGCGUCAGAAAUUUCUGACCACAGUUACCGGUAUAGAGACUCUCCUAACGUCCACAUGACUGACACGCAGCAGCGAGUCAACCUGCCUUUCAGCAUAUCCAGGCUUCUGGGCAAACACUUCGAGGAUAUAGACAAGAGAAGACAUUCUGGGGAGAGUGAUGACAGGAGUGACCAAGACACGGAGUCGGAAAGUGCAAAGGAUGAUGGGAAAGAGGCUAUGCCGGUUUUUACCCACAACCCUGGACUUUACCCAAAUUCUGGACUGUUGUUGAGGCCUGGCCUGGGUCUGGGUAACGGGUACUUCCCGGGGAACCCUGGAGUGGUGAGGGUGCCUGCUCAUAGGGCGCUAGGUGCUCUGGGCGCCUGGGGAGUGGCUUUGGAUCCCAUGAGGCAGGCUGCAGCAGCUGCCUUCGCGCACCAAGUUGUGAAAGAUAGAUUGAACGCCUCCUUCCCGAUCACGCGGCGGAUAGGACAUCCGUACCAGAACAGGACGCCACCGAAACGGAAGAAACCUCGCACGUCCUUCACCAGGAUGCAGAUAGCCGAGCUGGAGAAGAGGUUCCAUAAACAGAAGUACCUGGCGUCGGCAGAGAGAGCCUCCCUGGCCAAGACGCUGAAGAUGACGGAUGCCCAGGUGAAGACCUGGUUUCAGAACCGACGGACGAAGUGGAGACGUCAAACCGCCGAAGAACGGGAGGCAGAGCGGCAAGCAGCCAACCGUCUGAUGCUGUCCCUCCAAGCGGAAGCUCUCAGCAAGGGAUACAUGCCAGAGCCCCCGGCCCAGCUACCCUUGCACUACCAGCCGCCUACUAGCCAAGCCAGCAAUACAGCCCUAAGCGCCCUACAGAACCUCCAGCCUUGGGCUGGCAACCAGCAGUUUAUGAAUGCGCCAACGCCGCCAACGCAGCCACCGCCCGUCGCGUCGCCGAUCUGUUAGUAGUCUAAAAUGUGAAUAAAUUGGGGGUAGUCUGAAAUGUGAAUAAGUUGGGGGUAGUUUGAAAUGUUAAUAAAAGAUGGGGGAAAUUUGAAAUGUUGUGAAUAAGUUAGGAGUAGGUUAAAUU